UUGCCCUUUGUUGUGUGUGCCGGAGAGGAAAGGAAUGGCGCUGGGGCGCGCCCUUAGGAGGGACGCCGCGAGGAUCCAGGCGAUGGAGGCGCCGUGAGGCUGGAUGCGCCGCGCGAGGUGAGGAAAAGGCUUUUGGCCGGGGGAGCGCCAGGUUUUUGGCGCCGGGGCUCCAAAACCCUCGAUCGCCCCUGUCCCAUCCUAGGUUAAGAUUCCCGCUCGCAGCAUCGGUGGAGCUGGGGCGCCGGGGCUGGAUCUAGCAGAGGGUUUUGGGAUUUUCGAAUAGCCGCCUUUUUCUUCGUGUGGAGAUUCCAAGCUUUUUAGACGCAUUAGGGGCAGGAGCGGGGGAAUAGUGGGCGCAAAGAAACGAUAGAGCCGACCAUUUUAGAGGGCGACCAUGCAGCUAAAUGGGAUUAAGGCCGACCAGUUUGACAAGGAUGAGAAACCUGUGAUCCCAGCGCACCUUGAUAUGAAUGGUAGCAGCCUCGUUACUAUGCAAGGCCCGGGAAAGCUUCCACUCUACUCGAGCUCGAGAUUGUCAAGAACAUCGCAGGCGUUACCGUCGUCACAAGUCCCGCCUGCUCAACCUGGAGAACCUGGUCGUAAGCCAGUUCGGCAGCUCAACUUUUCCUCCAUACUACCAAGGCCGCCGGUCUACGAGCUCAAAGAAGUUGCGGCCAAGAAGUGCAAGCAGUGCAAUUGUAAAAACACUCGGUGCUUGAAGCUGUAUUGUGAGUGCUUUGCCUCUGGGACUUAUUGUGAUGGUUGCAAUUGCCUUAACUGUUGCAAUAACGUCGAGAACGAGGCAGUAAGACAAGAGGCAGUGGAGGUAACUUUGGAACGAAAUCCAAAUGCUUUCAGGCCUAAAAUUGCAAACACGCAACAUGCGAUUCGCGACAGUGCGGACGACAUGAGAUUGGGAAAACAUAACAAAGGAUGCAACUGCAAAAAGUCUGGGUGCUUGAAGAAGUAUUGCGAAUGUUUUCAGGCCAACAUUUUGUGCUCAGACAACUGCAAGUGUGUCGACUGCAAGAACUACGACAGCAGCGACGAGAGAAGAGCACUAUAUCAGCCAGAUUACAGCCAAAGUACAUACCACGGAGGACCACCUCCCUAUACAACCUCUGCAACGGGCUCACUGGCCUGCGUCUCUUCUUCUCCCAUGCCUGCAAAGAAGAGAAGGACAAGCGACCUUGUCUUUGUUGGCGAGAGUCUGAAAGUGCAGCAACCAAUUUACAGAACGUUACAAGGAAUCCAGGACGCAAAGCUUUCUGGUUCCAUGCUCCCUCCAAACUCAUCCCUUUCGGCAAAAACCAUUCAAACUUCUCUCUUGGCAGGCGUAGUACAACCAGAGACAGUUUCUGAUCUUUGCAAUCUUCUGGUCAUGGCGUCCGCUGAGGCUGCUAAAGCGAUGAUCGCCUCUGGCCCUGUCUCGAAGAGGCCUGCGGAAAAUGGACAAGAGGCUGGCUCUGGACAGGGUGACGAAGAUAUCCGAGAAAAGCGACCAAUGUCACCGGGAACACUAGCGCUGAUGUGCGACGAGCAGGAUCCACUCUUCACCCCGGCCACGCACGGGGACUACGACAAAGAGCUGGCUGCCGAGCAAGAGCGUCUCAUUCUCGAAGAGUUUCGUGACUGCCUCCGGAAGAUCAUCACUGUCGGCAGGAAGCGAGCCACUCUAUUAUCUACAGAAGCCGCAAGGAGCGAGCUUUUGGCAGCGACUCUUCAAAAGAAUCGCGAGUCCCCGGGUGUAGCAGCACAGGCAGAUAGUCCUGCUUGGACACAAGAUAAGAAACCCACUGUAAACGGCUAAACUCAUUCUUUUUUUCUCUGUUAAUUCGAUUCCAGUCGAGUUUUCUAUAGCGACUUGGUCUUGAAAUUAUUCAA